UCUGAAGACCUUUUUGAGCAAUCGGCAAACAACAAAAUCAAGCUGCGUUCUACGUCCAGCGAAGACCAACAGCCGGGGCUGGCAAUCGCGUCGCCUUGCCACCCAUUGCACCUCACCUACCGAGCCAACAGUUCCAGGGACUGACAGCAUAGCCAACAGCGACCAUGUCGCUCUUCAUGGGCCGGGGGACGCCCGCGACGGCAGCGUCCACAGGAAGCUUGGGCGGGACGACGCUGGGCGGGCAGUCCACGACAACUGGAGCAGGCUCCGGCAACAGCAUCUUUGGCUCGACAACAACCGGGAGCUCUCUGUUUGGCAACAAGCCGACAACGACCGGGAGCUCUCUGUUUGGAAACACGACGACAACGACAGGGAGCUCUCUGUUUGGCAACACGACGACAACGCCCACCACGACCCAGCCUUCAACAGGUCUCGGCACCUCGCUCUUCGGCACAUCGACGACCACCCCGAAAACGUCCCUUUUUGGGGGCAAUACGGCAACAACAGCAACGAGCCAGCAGCCGACCGGCAACAGCAUCUUUGGCAGCACACUGGGCGGCUCCACCGCGACAACCACCCAGCCAGCCGCUGGGACGAGCCUUUUCUCUUCCACACCGCUCGGCGGCGGCGGCCUGGGUCUUGGCCUGGGCAACACCACGACGACGAACCCCGCCGCCUCGACCAACCAGCAGCAACAACAGCAGCAGCAGCAAGCACCGCCCACGGGCGCGCUCUUCGACAGCCUCCUCGCCAAGAACAAGAAACAAGCCGAGGGCGAGACGGCGCUGGGCGAGCUGCCCUCCCUGCAGCUCGGGCUGGGCGAUCUGCGCCAGCGCCUCAAGAAGCUCGGCCCGUCGCAGGACCGGCCAUUGGAGCACGGCAAGGCACACUACUUCCUCGCCGCGUCGGGCGUGGACCCCGGGGCGGCCGUGCGCGACCUCGGCGCCUUCGGGCUGCAGGCGCGGGAGCGCGGCGCCGGCGUGCCGGGGGCUGGAUUUGGCGGCGGCGUGGGCGAGGUGGACGUGGAGACUUACCUCGCGAACCUGCAGACCAAGACCACGCUGAGCAUGAUCGCCGACGGGCUGGAGCGUUCGGCGCGCGACUUCGACGCGUUCCUGGAGGAGAACGUCACGAUGGAGUGGGAGGCGCAGCGCAAGAGGAUCUACGAGCAUUUCGGCAUCAAACCGCGGGAGGAAGCCGCUGGCGCGGCGGUUCCGCGCGCGUCGACGCCGUCCAAGGAGGGCCAGGGCACGUUCGGGCGGUCGAGGCGGAAGGCCAGCCAGGCUGCCAGCAGCGAGCGGCCCACGAAGCGGGCGAGCGUGCUUGGCAAGUCGGCCAUGCGCUCCGUCAUCGGGACGCCCAGUCGGAUCGGCGCUCACGCCUCUGCGUUUACCGACGUAGAGGCUGGCAGCAGCAAGGAUGCUUCUGGGUCGCUUAGCGGCGUCGUGUCGACGGACGACCGGCUGCUGCGUGAGAAGCAGGGCAAGCUGGCAGAGAAGAUGCGCGAGCUCAACGACGCGCGGCAGCGAGGGCUGCCUUUCUACAUCUGCCGCGACCUGGCCGACUUGGAGUCCAAGUCGGGUGACCGGCACGGACCGCAUAUCGUGGAGGCGUACCGGGCCAUGAUGGAGAUUGUCGGGGAGAACCCGGACGCGGAAGAGGCGCCUCGGGAACGGCAGUUCGCCAAGCUGUAUUUGGACCCGAACUCGCAGUCUCCCAACGCGAUGGCGAUGCGGAAGCAGAUCCUGAAGGGGGCCAAUGCGUUCCUGGAGAAGCAGUUCUGGAACGAGGUCAACGCGCUCAUCGCCAAGUACCCGCAGGAUGCAAACCUGGGCGGCCUGCCCGACGUGGUCAGCAAGGUCAAGGCGUACAUCCGGCUCCGCAUCGUGCGGAAGACGCUGGUGCCCGACAACGUCGACCUCCAGCAGGUGAACGGCGAGUACAUCUGGGCCAUCGUGUUCUACCUGCUGCGGGCGGGCUUCGUGAGCGAGGCGGCGCAGUACGUCAACAACAACCAGAACCACUUCCGGAGCAUCGACCGGACCUUCUCGGGCUACAUCAACAGCUACGCGUCGAGCGAGGAGAGGCGCCUGAAGCGGCAGAUGCAGGACCGGUGCACGAGCGAGUACAACCAGCGGAUCCGCAACGCGCCCGAGGGCUCGAUCGAUCCGUUCCGGAUGGCGUGCUACAAGAUCAUCGGCCGGUGCGACCUCAGCAACCGCAGCCUGGAAGGGCUGCAGACCGACGUCAACGACUGGAUCUGGCUCCAGUUCAACCUGGCGCGCGAGACGGACCGGUCGGUGGAGCUGGCGGGCGAGUCGUACGGCCUCGCUGAACUGCAGGCGAGCAUCCGCGAGAUCGGGCUGAAGCACUUCCCCAAGACGCCGGCCGAGGACGCUAACGGCAGCUUCGGCAUGUUCUUCUACCUGCAAGUGCUAUCGGGCAUGUUCGAGCAGGCGAUCGCGUACCUGUACCCCUUCUCGUACGUGGACGCGGUGCACUUCGCCGUGGCGCUGACCUACUACGGCCUGCUGCGGCCGGCGGACGCGCUGUCGGCGGCGGGCAACGAGCUGCUCUCGCACAACACGCGCAGCCAGCCGCAGAUCAACUUUGCGCGCAUGCUCGGCUACUACACGCGCGACUUCCGGGCGGCCAACGCGGCGGCGGCGGUCGACUACCUGGUGCUCAUCUGCCUGAACGCGGACGAGGCGGGCGGGCGGCAGCACGCGGCGGUGUGCCACGAGGCGCUGCGCGAGCUGGUGCUCGAGUCGCGCGAGUUCAGCCGGCUCAUCGGCGACAUCCGGCCGGACGGGCGGCGCAUCAAGGGCGUCAUCGAGCAGCGCGGCCCGCUGAUCGCGCUGGGGCAGGAGGACGACUUCAUCCGGGCCAUCACGCUGCAGGCGGCCGGCUUCGCCGACGACAACGGCCGCACGACGGACGCCGUGCUGCUGUACCACCUCGCCGAGGACUACGACACGGUGGUGUCGAUCGUCAGCCGGGCGCUCAGCGAGGCGGUGUCGCUUGAAAUCGGCGAGGACCCGAUGCGGCUGGUGCCUGUGAAGCCGCGGGUCGAGAACGGCGGCGGCGGCGGCGGCGGCGCGGAACCCGAGGCGCAGCCCGGCAGCAGCCUGAGCCUGGCGGCUAUUGACGACCCCGUGGAGCUGGCGCGCACGAUGAUGGCCAUGUACGAGCGCGACCACAUGUUCUGGCAGAAGAUACGCGAGCCGAACCGGGUGGCGUGCAAGGUGCUGCUGCAGAUGAGCGAGAUCAAGGGGCUGGUGGAGGCGGGCAAGUGGCCGCAGUGCUUGGAUAAGAUCCGGGCGCUCGAGAUCCUCCCGCUCACGGCGCGCGGCGACCCGGGGGUGAUACGCAGCUACGCGGCGCGCUUCGCGGGGCUCGCGCAGCCGGUGGCCAUCAACGUGCCGAACCUGCUGCUGUGGACGGUGGUCUGCUGCACGCGGCAGCGCGAGCGGCUCGCGGGCGGGCAGUUCAGCGGCAACGCGUCCACGGCCCGCCAGAUGGCCGACGAGCUCAAGCAGAUGACCGUCGACCUCACCGCCUACACCAGCCAGCUGCGCUACCGCCUGCCGCCGCACCUGCACGAGGCGCUGGCGCGGGCAUCGGCCGAUUGAGGGGGUGUAAAGGAACAGUUUUGGGGGAAAGGGGAGCUGUUUACCGGUGGCAACAGGGAAUGGGGGGGGAAGGGGUGAGAGCGAGUAUCUGGAUGACGGCGCGCUGGGCGAUGGAUGGACCUGGAAGCAAUAAUACCUUUGUAGAGAAGAGUAUGGACUACAUCUGCCAUGGCUAUGACAGUGUUAUCCGCAGUUGCGCCGAUUGUUUCCCUUCUUCGGAUAAGCUACACCAAAUCCGUACCGUGGCUGAAAAAGAGCUCAAUGGCGCAGUGAUUGGGCCGGCCUUGCUGGAAUAUCUGGCCCCGGUCUGCACAUGACUCGCACCUGCGCUGCGAGGUUCAAAGACCUGAGUCGCCCCGCCCACCAAUCUCCGCUGCUCC